GCGCUUUGAGGCCUCGAAUAUGGACAACACCGAAGCUGCUCAUCCAAGCGAGGAGAAAACUCUACCCCUUAGUAUCAAAUCUCUCAACGAUGGAGUUGGUAUCGAGAAAGAUCGCUUUGGACGGGCAGCUAAAACCCGAGGUGCGGCUUGGUCAGGCCAUCUCCGAAUUUUUGUACGCUCUUGACGAAGGGAAGAGGAACGAGUUUCGAAACAUUCAGGCCACAAGCAGCAGACGGUUGUCGGGAACUGAUGUCAUGAUGUUGACUGAGGAGAUCAACAAGGCUGGUCUGCGGCAGAAUCGAUGCUUCAAGCCCCACGGAACGAGGAUUUACAGCUUCCUGUCCCGCCUUCAGACGUUUGCGAGCGUUGGUGAUGUUUUGAUCGGCGGAUCACAGAAUCUCAUUGCCACAGGUGUCUGGAGCGCUUUGAGGUUUUGCCUGCUGGGUGCUGUGAACUUUCUCGGCUAUUUCGAGAAGAUUUCCACUCUUCUCAUGAGACUUGGGACCUCUUGCCUUGCGUCGCAACUCCUGUCGACUCUGGGGACUUCAUUUGAUGAGGAGUUCGGGCCACUUCAAAAAGAACUGGAUCAGUGGGGUUUUCUCAUUCAAAAAGGGGCUGAGCAAACUGCCAUGGAGGUGAAUAUCGAUCUAGGGGUGCAGCUACGCGAGCACAACAUUACCCUGAAGAGAUUAUUCUCCGGAGAGGCCAAAAGAAGAUCGCACGCUUUCAAAUGUCAGGUUCUACAAGAUCUGUCACCAGGCCAAAGUCAGUACGAGAUGUGCUGGAGGCGACAACGAGGCAAAGGAUCAUGCAAGUGGAUUUUUGAGACCCAGGGUUAUCAAGACUGGAACUCCAUGGAGACUUCCACAGUCUUUAUGGUCGAGGGGAAACUAGGCAGCGGAAAGACGGUGGCCAUGGCCAAUCUUGUGACCGACAUGAACACUGCAUCGAAGGGACCGUGUGCAUAUUUCUUCUGCACGUUCAAGGAGCCGGAGAGCCUCAACGCCAUAAAUGUCCUCCGCAGCAUCGCAUUUCACUUUCUCGAUGGCAUGAGAAUAGAGGAUAUCAGUUGGGACAAGGUCUUUGACGAGAAGGGCGUACCUUUACCCCGGCUCUCGUCGCCAGACGCCAUAGUCGACAUCUUGUUGGAUCUCCUGCCCAAGAAACCCAAAUACUCCGUUGUCCUGGAUGGGGUUGACGAUUGUCCCGACGACGAGAUUUACGACAUUUUCAAGGCGCUUCACAGGCUGAUGCAGAAUCGAGUCGUUCUUGUAUGUUACUCGGCUCGAACCGACUCUAGAUUCCGGCAUAUCGCAGGACGAGAACUCGGAUCGUCCUUCUCAGCGACUCUCGACGAUGAAGCGCACGACGAAGAAAUGCGAGCCUUCAUUGAUCAAGAGAUCUUACGUCGAAACAAAAGUCAAGAUCUGGAUGCCGACCUCCUCAGUAUCGUUAUCAAUCAAUUAGUCACUGGUUCUCAGGGAAUGUAUUUAUGGGUAUCGCUUCAGCUGGAUGCGAUCUUUCCUAGCAACUCAAAGACCGUCGUCACGAACGAGCGGAUAUUCAAUCUGGUCAUGAACUUACCAAGGGAUCUACCCGAAGCCUUUGAAAGAGCUUUAGGAGGCAUCAUUGAUAAGUCAUACGAAGAAAAGAUCUUCAAGCUUGUCAUGGCUGCAGAGUCCCCUCUGACGAUUGAUGAGAUGAGAAUUGCUUUGGCUAUAACGCCAGGCAACGUCCUCUGGGAUCCUCACAAGAUACCUCGGGACGGCGAACAACUGAUUGCUCUCUGUGGAGGAGACAUUUUGGAGCUUGAUGAGGAAGAUAGCAGGGCUCACAACUUCACCGGCUCGGUCUGCGUCACAUAUCUGAACAUUCCCGAUCUCGGUUCUCAGAUAGCAAUGACGCAGCCUUUGGAUGCAAAAGAAGUCCCACAGAGAUCAAUGAUGAGCGUGCAGCGAGAAGAACCGACACUAUCCCGUAUUGUCCAACUCAUCAAGUCAAGCAAACGGGCCCCCGAGAGUCUCGGCGUACACGCUUUUAAGAAAUACGCUCUGGUCAACUGGUUUAUCCAUACCAGAUUUUUCAGGAGUGAUGACGAGAGCUUGGGAGCCUGCUGGGAUCUGUGGUGGCACCUCCUAUCUGGCCAUGUGGCGCAAGUGAAACCCCAUUUCAGCGAUCAGGUCCAAGACAGCCAGUCAGCAUUAAUUUGGGCAAAGGUCCGUCGUUCAUUACAAGAGAACUGGGUACCCCAGGCCAUGAUCGACCUCAUUUCCAGGAGACAAUCUGAAGCUAUUGCUCUCUCCAUCCUGAAGUACCGGCCGAACAUUCGCACUGAGGCGCCCAUGAAUUCAGUCCUUGGAGCUGCCGUUCUCUUCGAGUACAUUGAGACCAGCAGAACCUUAGUAGUGGAUUGGAACCUUGACCCCACCAAGCAUUUCUACGGUUCCAGAUCGGCCGUACAAAUAUCAGUCGAGAAUCGGAACCAGGAGCUUCGCAAGAUUCUUUACUUGUCCAAUUGGGUUGAUAGCGACGAAUUCCUGCGUAUGCUUCAGUUCACUCUGAAGCGGAACACGACACGAGCGUCUCUUGAGAUCCUCAACCACGUCGCUCACAUCGAGGCCGAAUACGUCAGGUCACUGUUGAACAUCGCAGAAGUCAAUGGUGCCCCACCUGACUUCUUGGUGUCCACAAAACCACGUGGUUGGCAGGCGGAAGUUGGCUGCAUCAUCGACGUCCUCAUGCGAGACUCGACAUCAGAGUAUUUCAAUAUGCAGGACGACAAGGGUAAUACAGCGCUUCAUUACCUGAGCCGGCUAAGCAUCGGACACAUGACCUCGCAGGUCAAGCUUCUGAUCGCAAGAUGUUACGAGGAGCUGCCGAAGUUUGAUGUCAAAGAUGCUUACUCCAAAGUACCGGGUCCUGGCUCACCGGCUGACUUGCGUAUUUCAAACCUGACUCUCAUACAUGGGCCCGAGAUAGCCGGUGGUCAUAUCACCCCCGAGUUCUUCUUCGAGAUGAAACCAGUGGAUCUCGAUACAAUACACUUUGACAUCCAGGAUGAAGAAGGCAACACGGUUCUCCAUUAUCUUGCAGUGAGCAAAUGCAGUCAAGUCCUCGUGAAGGACGUCCUCAAACCUCGGGUGAACCCGAACAUAAGGAACCGGAAAGGUGAAACGCCUCUUUUUGUUGCCGGCUGGAACUUAGCACCGCCAACGUCUGUGAUCAACCCUCUGUUGGAGGCCGGUGCGGACCCAAAUGCCGAGGCAUGGGCACACCCGGGCAGGACCAUACUGGGAAUAGCCCUUCAGAGGGCUGGAUCUCCAGCAAAGAUAAUACGCAGACAUGGGUUCUAA